UCAUUCGGACCACGGCCGCAGCGACUGAUCUCCCUCGACACACAGAAUGACGUGCCGGGUGUGAAUUCAGGUGGAACAAAGAAACAUGACAUGCAAAAUGGCAUCCAACGUUAAGGAUACAUUAUACACAUAAACGCGGCUGGGAUUGCCGUCGAAUAUAUGCUGGACUGUAUCGGGUAAUUGGAUCCGCUGUCCACACCGUCAACACUCCACUUUGUGAAAAAUCUCAGUUGUGUCCAAAACGUUGAAACCGGCCCCGCGUAUAUGGUUUCUGUGUUUACAACGCCAGCGGACUGUCACGUGGGCUGUGUCGCCGAAGUGCCAACGGUCUUGUAGUAUCCCCUCGGAGGUUCUCCCGGAACGGGAACGGAGAGUGUGGAUGAGGUUCCUGUAAGCAGCAGCUUCGGGAUGUGAAGGACGGAAGUGCAGCAUGAUAUAAAGACUAAUUCCCGUAUCCAUGCACCGCACCCAGUCCGGGAUAUGUCCACUGGCUGUGUAUCCGCAUACACAUUUAUGCGUCUAUGUGCUGAAUGCAUGCGCGCAUCUUCUGCACGCCAUCUGAUCCGCUGAAUGCCGUACAUUUUGACAUGGAACCCAGCGCCUACAGUAUGCAGCCGAAUAGCAACGCCGCCUGGAACCCCACCCCCACGGGUCCCGCCUACCCCGCCCCACCCUAUCCCAACGGGGCCGUCUACGCCAAUCAGAAUGCCAAUCCCAAUAUGAAUGUCAAUCUCAAUCAGUAUCCCGCCUAUCCGCCGCCGGGUGGCGGUGGUGGACCCGCGCCGCCGCCCAUGUAUAGCAGUGCCGUUAAGAAGGAAGCGGGGAUGUACGGGGAUAUGGAUAUCAGAUCUGUGGAUAAAUUCGGCAACCAACAAGUCUUUCCGGAACAAACCAUUCCCGCAAUGAACCACGCCCCCGGCGGCCCGCUCUCCCACCCGAACGCGAUGGGAGUGCCGCGUCAGCCGGUGUACGCGCAGUAUCCGGGAACGGCCAACGGUGUGCCGACGCAGUAUUACGACACAAUGCCAAAUGUUCCCAAUGGGGUGCCAAAGUACCUGGACCAGCACGGGAUGCCCAUGGAGCAGCGCACCGCCGCCCCCGGGAGUAUGCGCGGCAUGCCGGGCGCCAACGGUCCGAUGGGCAGUAACCGGGCGCGUCCCUACCACACCCCCAACGGCAAGGCCAACGGGAUGGUCAAUAUGGGCCCGAAGCGCCUGAUGAUGGCCCAGCAGCAGUCGCAGCCGAUGGCCAACUUCCAGACUGUCGUCACAAAUCAGCAAAUGCUCCCGAAUCCCUACGGUCACGAAAGCAUAUCCCCGGCCCCCUUCGCCCAGCAGAUGCCCCCGUAUAAUCCGCAACAAAAAGCGCAGACCCUCCCGCCCUCCUACCAGCGCCGGCCGGACCCGGGCGCGGCCUCCUACCCACCCACCUCCUUGUCCAUGCAGCAGUCUCUCCCCAUGGACAACCGCAACUACCCGCAGUACAUGAACGCCCCGCCCGGCGCCCCCGGCGGCGUGAUGAUGCGCGGAGGACCGCAGCCGGCUAAUCCCAUGUUCGCCGGUGGCGCGACGGCCAACGGCGGUCCGAUGAUGGAGGGCCCGUACAAUGUCGGCGGGCAGGCCGUGAUGGCGCAGUCCUUCAACGGCAACGGGAUGGGACCGUUGGAGAUCAAGCAAUUCGCCAAUCCGAUGGUCGGCGCACCGGAUCCCCAGCAGAUGAUGAUGGUGUCCAACGAGCCGCCGUUUGUUGCUAAACCCGAUCUGGAGCCGACCAUGACCAUCAUCCAGCACUACGAUCCCAUCAUCCCGCCAUUCCGCUUAGAACACGAUCGCCCAAACAGCCAGAAGACCUUCGAACUGCGACCCGAGGUGUACAACGGUCUGACGCAGAACCCCCAACUACAGGUGGAGCUCAAGUGCUACCGCCCGGAGAACACCUGGUUCACCAACUGGCCGGACGCCAUCUCGGUGGCGGUCAACGGGCGGCCGGUGGCCAUUCAGCGCGGCGGACCGCAGCAGCCGCACCGGCCCCUGCACAUUAAGGAGCUCUUACGGCCCAAUAAGCGCAACGUCAUCAGCUUCCACGCGCAGCAGUGCUGCUGCUCGCAUCUCUUCGUUCUCCAUGUGGUGCACCGGCCCACCAUCCGCUCUGUGAUUAAUCAUGUCGUCAAGUUCCGGACCGUGGCUAUCCCACAAGGCAUUGAACGAUUGAAAAGCAAUUUCAUCAGCGGUGGCCGGGGUUUUGCCGCCAACGACGAACUGGUGCUGCCGCUCCGGUGUGUCCUCAGCCGGCAGCGCAUCGUCCUACCGGCACGCAGCAGUCUGUGUCAGCAUGCCCAGUGCUUUGAUCUCGAGUCGUACCUACUGCACAACAGCACCAGCAACAUCUUCAUGUGCCCCAUCUGCAAGUGCUCGGCACCCAUCGACAACCUGCAAGUGGACGAGUUCAUGUCCUCCAUCCUCAAGCAAUGUCUUUCCAAUCCCGCCUUCAACCAAAUCGACUCGGUGCUGGUGGAUGUCAACGGCGGCUGGAGGCCUAACGUCCCGCUGAAACUCAGCCCUGAUGAAGCGCCCCGGUACAACCCGGUCAGUCCCAGCACCACCAUCAGCUCGUGGGAGCACAGCAGUCCGGGCAGCGCCCGCUGUCCCUCCUAUCCGCCGGAGCGGAGCGUCUCCGUCGGCCGCAACACGCCCAAAGGCCCGGCCAGCGUGGGCCAUCCGCUGUGCAACGGGGACUACGGCUCGCCGGCCUCCAUGCCGGCCACCGUGCCCGUCUCGCCCACGGGCAAGGUCUUCCCCGGUUUAUCCUCCUGUCCGCAGAAAUCUCCCACGCCCUCGAUGACGGCCGCCGACUCGCGGACGCCGGUGCCGCAGGUGCAGUCCGUACAUUCCAACGGCUCCAACGGCAGCCUGCCCAGUACGCCGCGAACUCCAGGAAGUCAUCCGCCUUCCAACAAUCCCACCGACUUCCUGGACAUUAACUUCGAAGCCGAGGGUGACACGGACAACGACGCCCUGCAGCUGAUCAGCAACAUGACGGAGACGGAUCUCUUCAUGUUCUUCGAGAACCCCACCACGGACCCCUUGGGGACGUCCAGCACGUCCCUGGGGUCCAGCUUCCCCAAUUCGGCCGGCGCCGGCUCCGACUCGGGUAUCUCGGUGGCGUCGACCAAUCCGGCCAACUCCUCGGCCGAGGACCUCCUCAGUCUCAGUCUCUUCGACAGCUAUGAUGCACAGCCGACGGUCAAGAGUGAAUCGUAGUCAUGGAUGGACACCCGUGGUCUUCCGCCCCGCGAAGCCGCUGGGGUGAUUCUAACGGUCGGUUGUUUCUGUUUCUCUCUCUCUCCGAUAUUUCCUCCUGGUCGGAUCUUCUCUGCAUUACAUAUUUAAGUAUUCUUCUGGGAUUGUAAUUUUUUACCAAUGUGUACAGACAAAAAUGGCUCUUUGGAGAAAAGUUUACGGAUAAUUGUAUUAUGAUGCAUUGCAUAUUGUUAUGUGUGGCGCAUUGUAUAU